AACUCUGUGACGGGUCACGUUAUCGGAGGGGGGCAGUCGGUGUGGAGGCACUGAGCUCCUUACCGACGAGUCACAGUCUGCCUUACCACUUUCCAUAAAAUAUUACUUAAAGAGUUGACGGGAAAGCGAAAGCAGAGAAAUAACAGCCGGGGAUUUUAUAAAAUCCCUGCGUUAAGCGGUCCGUCGUGUAGACUGCUGAAAUCUAACCGGAGGAGCUGGAUCUCAUCGCGGGCUGGAUGCGAAGCUCUACUACGGCAUUAUAGGUGCACCGGAGUCUGCCGACGACAUGGGAAAUAAAUAGUUGUGAGUCGUCGCCUGUUAAUGCUCCAUUUGCGAAGUGUUGUGUCAGUGUAAUAUUUCUUCGUAAGCCUUUACCUCAAAAGAUUUUCUCUACCUGUGGGUUUGACUGGCCCACAUCUUUCUGUGCCAUUUUGGAGAGGAUGUGAGUAAAGUAAUGUUAGAAACAAGACUGUGGUUGGGCAUUUCUUUAUGUAUUUCUAAAAGAGCUCAAAGCAGUAACCCAUAUUUAGAAAAUAAUUCUCAGUUUUGCUCCUUUUAGCCACACAAAAUCAUUUUGGAUCCAGCAGAAGUCAUGGAUGCAAGUUGGAAAAACUGCUUCGAAGAGGAGCUUCUGUGUCCCAUUUGCCUGAAUGUUUUUGAUGAACCCAUCCAGCUGCCAUGCAAGCACAACUUCUGCAAGGGUUGCAUCUCUGAGGCUUGGGCCAAAGACAAUGCUGCGGUCCGGUGUCCCGAAUGCAACCAUGACUACGACCAGAAACCCACACUGGAGAAGAACUUUAAGCUUGCCAACAUAGUGAAGCGCUUUAAUGCGCUGAACACUGAGAAAGUCCCUGCUGUGCUGCACUGUGUCCUCUGCAGACGAGGCCCCCCGCUGCCUGUGCGGAAGGUCUGUCUACGCUGUAAGGAGCCCUGCUGCCAAAUUCAUAUCCAGACGCACCUACAGCAGCCGUGUGCAGCCCCGGGACACCUGUUAGUUGACGCUGAGGAGCUGAGCGCUUGGACCUGUCCCAGUCAUGAGGAGUACAGGCUGCUCCACUGUGAGGAAGAGCAGGUGGCUCUGUGUCCGUUCUGCUGCAUCUCUCACUGCACUAACCAAAGACACACAGUCUGCGAUGUGGAUACACAACGCAUACAAAUGCAGGCCAUGCUAAUGAGGCAGCAAGACGGACUGGAGGGUCGUGUUCAGAACAUCGAUGAGCAGCUCACCAAGCUGGAGUCAGACAAGACACUGAUGAAGGAUGCAGUGUCUGAACUGAAAGAGCGUGUGAGAGCCCAGUAUCAGAGGAUGCAUGCACUGCUAGAAGCGAACCAGGCUGAAACCGUGCAGACGCUGGAGAGCACUUUCACCAUGUACGUGAGGAAAAACUCCCAGCAGGUUCUGCAGCUCAACGAGAAGCGCCAGGAAGCGGAAAAACUCCUGAGCUCAGUACAAACGUUCUUCCAAAGAUCAGACAGCAUUAACUUCAUAAAGAACACAAAACCUUACCAGCUGCUAAUGGACAGGACAAACUUGCACCUGACUAGUGCCAUCCCGCCGCUCAGAGUGGGCCAGCUCAACUCUCAUCAUUUGCUAUCCGAACUCUCAACGAGAGAAAAGAACCUGCGAAAAAUGAUGGAGGAACCAUUCAAUGAGGCGCCCAUUCUUGAGAUUGCCCAGUCUCACAACAGCUCUGCAGGCUCCCACAUGGGGACUAGUUCAGGACUACAGAAGAGGAAAUAUGGCAUGGCUUUCCUGGAGAGUAACACAGCAAACUCCACCUCCCAGGAUCCUCCACCGCUGCUCUACAGCAGCAAAAAGCCCUUUCUGGCUGACCAGAGCCAUCGUGCUUCAUCCAUGUAUUCCUCUGAAGGCCUCUCCCAGAAUCCUCACGCUGGCCCCGGCCAUAGCCGACUCCUUGACACUUCAGCCCAUCACAUGGUGGGUCUAGGGUCCAGCUCUAGCCACCACUCAGGGACCAUAUUCCCGCCCUCCCACUUCCACAGUGGAGGUGCUUCGCAACAAGCCAUGUACGAAGGGAGGAAAGUACUGAUGUGCACUCUGAAUAACUGCUGCUGCUCCAGGGCCCCUGCUGCUUGUGCCCGGCCCCCGUACCCAACAUCGGACUCCUUCCCCUCCUUGACCUCUCAGGAGUUUCCCCCACAUGCCCCGCUACCUGCAAGCCAGCCACUGCAGCAUUUUCCCAUGAGGGGACUGAUGGAAGCCUCACAGACAGCCAGGCACCCUGACUUCUACGGGCUGUACGGCCAGCCUUCAACCAAGCAUUACGGGACCAAGUAAUAAACUAGAAUCAGCAUUUGUUCAGUUUAAUUAAUUUCCAUGUUUGCUUUUUGUUCUUUUCCAUUUUGGCCCAGAGAUAUGUUAUCAGUUUGUGUCUCCAACACAUCUUCAUUCAUUAUUUUGACAUUUACUUGACCCCGUUUUGGGAAACCAUGCCCUGUUAACUUUGGUAGCCCUGUUUACUUCCUGAAUCACAGUGACAGUAGUAAUGCUCUAAUUUGAAAACGCAUGUUUGUAUUUUUAUUUAUUUUCUGUUUCAAUUCGACUGGAAGUGCUAAUGUGAAUAAUGUAGUCUUAAAUCCUUUCAAGCAGUGAACUAAAGAAACAACAUAUCCAUCACAAGUCCUAAACGUGGGACUCCAGAGACUUCAGUGCCUAAAAAGACUGUUAACACGCUCUUAUUGUACUUGCAAGUUCCUAGCUCUUGAUUAUUUCCUGUUUGCAGCUGAAAGCAUGCAGGGAGCCUCUCCAUGCACUCCAAAGUCCAUGUGGCUUUAGAAACACACUGGACUACAAAUGCUUGUCAGGUUUUCAUGAAUUUUUAUACAAGAUUAUGAAUAAACCAAAAUCAGUGGAAAAUAUUGAAUAAACAAGCAUAUUAAUUUA